UCAUUGCGCGUGCCCAGUGCUAUGCUGCGCGCGGCCUUCCCGCUCAUCCGGGCCUCCAGCCCCGAGCUGCUCGAGCGGCUGUCACGCGGCGGCGGGCUCGAGCUCCGGCCGCGGUUUAUCAGCGGCCCCGAGGAGGACGCUCUUCUCCGGGACGUCGAACCCGGUCUUCGCCGCAGGCAGUACCAGAGGGAUCACUGGGACCAGGCAAUCCAUGGAUAUCGUGAGAUUGAGAAAUCACAUUGGAGUGAACAGAGCGAAUCUGUCUUGCAACGACUGCGAGAUGUUGCGUUUCCCCCAGGGGUCCCCCAACUCUCAAUGGUACAUGUGCUUGAUCUUGAGAAAACUGGAUUCAUCAAAGCUCAUGUGGACAGUGUGAAGUUCUGUGGAGAUACAAUUGCUGGUUUAUGCCUGUUGUCAGGAUGCGUGAUGCGCUUGUUGAGUGAAGACAGUGAUGUGGAUCAAGUGGAUUUACUGCUACAGCAACAUACUGCCUACAUUCUGAGGGGAGAGGCCCGUUACCGAUUCAGCCACCAAAUCCUGCCAGAUGAACAGUCAUUUUUUGGGGGAGAGAAGGUGCCUCGUGGACGGAGAAUUUCAAUCAUUUGUAGGAACCUGCCCAAUGAACCAGGAUCAGGGCCAGACUGAUCCCCCGGGGCUUUGUCCCAAGAGAACGUAUUUGAAAGGAAUUGCUUCCCAGUGUGAUAACAUGCAGCCAGGAAGCCGCCAGUGCUUUGAAAUGUACCAGAUGCUCACAUCACGACAGCUGGAAUGUAAUAUCGGCAAAGGAAUAAAAUUGGAAAAGAAUGACAAGUUUUGUCCAGCCCAAACCCUUCAACCCUCAAAUAAAUCUAUUUAUUGGAAAAAUC